AGAUCGCGCAGCGCGGGGGGGUGGGACGCGCACGGAGGCGAAGAGAUCAGAAGGAAAGGGAGAGAGAGGGGGAGAGAGAAGGAAACUGGGCAGCUUCUCGUCUUCCCCUCGGUGUCCUCAUGCCUCGGCAGUGCCCCGGCGACUUCCCUUCGCCCCGGGCGCAGUAGCUAUGGCCGCGGUGGCUGUCCUCCGGAACGACUCCCUCCAAGCUUUCCUUCAGGACCGCACCCCCAGCGCCUCCCCAGACUUGGCCAAGCACUCGCCCCUGGCUCUUCUCGCCGCUACUUGUAGCCGGAUCGGGCAGCCGGGCGCGGCGCCCUCGGAUUUCCUGCCGGUCUCCUACGACCCGACGCUGGGAUCCCCCUCUAGGAUCUUCCAUCCGUGGAGCGGCGAGAUGCCAGCGCACUCCCCAGGAGGGCUGCCGCCGCCGCAUCCCAGCUUGGGGUUGACCCCUCAGAAGAACCACCUGCAACCCUCCUUCGGAGGUUCUCACGAACUGCCCCUCACCCCCCCGGCGGACCCCUCCUAUCCCUACGAGUUCUCCCCUGUCAAGAUGCUGCCCUCCUCCAUGGCCGCCCUGCCGUCCAGCUGCCCGCCCGCCUACGUCCCCUACGCCGCCCAGGCCGCCCUGCCGCCCGGGUACUCCAACCUGCUUCCGCCCGCCCAGCCCUGCCGGCAACUGUCGCCCAACCCGCCGCCCGAGGACAUCCCCUGGUGGAGCAUCCAGCAGGCCAGCGCCCCGGGCGGCUGCGGCCACCGCUUCCCCGCAGCGGCGGCGCUGCCGCGGAGCCUAGUGCUGGGGCACUCGGACUUCGCUCAGUACCAGACGCAGAUCGCCGCCCUGCUGCAGACCAAGUCUCCCCUGGCGGCCACGGCCAGGAGGUGCCGCCGCUGCCGCUGCCCCAACUGCCAGUCGGCCGCGGGCAGCGCCCCUGAGACGGAGCCGGGCAAGAAAAAGCAGCACAUCUGCCACAUCCCCGGCUGCGGCAAGGUGUACGGCAAGACCUCGCACCUGAAGGCGCACCUGCGCUGGCACACGGGCGAGCGGCCCUUCGUCUGCAACUGGCUCUUCUGCGGGAAGAGCUUCACCCGCUCCGACGAGCUGCAGCGGCACCUGCGGACUCACACGGGCGAGAAGCGCUUCGUCUGCCCCGAGUGCGGGAAGCGCUUCAUGCGCAGCGACCACCUGGCCAAGCACGUCAAGACCCAUCAGAACAAGAAGCUGAAGGCUGUGGCGGACGGCGUCAAGCGGGAGGACAGCCGCGACCUGUGA